UUAAUUGACCCACUGUGUUCACUCCAAUAACCUAGAUCUUUUAUCGGGUAACGGGUAAGAUUCUGAACCGAAUUUGAACAUGCACACGCACCGAUUCAGAACUCCUACAGUUACCACAAGACGGUGCUAGGUCUACACCAUCACCCCCUCCCUGCCUUGUUUAAACCACCGCCACCGAUCCGAAAAUAAAAAUAACGCGAAAACCUCACUCGUCGGAGUUUAAUAUUUACCGCCACCGUCGUUGAUUGCAGGGAGGAGAAAGAAUGGAGAACAGUUUCAGAGACCGAGUUGAUAAAAUCUUCGGCUCUCUCACGCCCUCUUCUUCGUCUAAACCAGAACCUUCUUCGUCUAAACCACAACCUUCUUCGUCUCUCCAAUCAGGUUUAUGGUCUCUCACCGACGAUGCGAUCGAGAGGAAAGAGUGGAAGAGAGACGCUUCUUCUCUCUCUGCAUCCUUCGAUAGAGACGAAAUACCCUGCGCCGCGUCUUUUGACAAGUUAAAAAAGGGGAGGAAAAAGAAGAACUUUGAGCUUGAUGAUGACAUGGAUGAGCUUGAUGAUGACGAAGACGAUGGAGAGUUGAACCGGUCGGAAGAUGGUUUGGAGGAUUGGGAGAUUCGAUCCUCGAUUGGUUUGGACCCUACUCUUGAUAAUGAGGAGGAGGAAGAUGAGUAUGAUAAAGUGGCUGAGGGAAGAGAAAAUGCUGGAGAGCGCAUGUAUAUGAAGGAUGUUACUGAUCAAGGGUCUUAUUUAAACUAUUACAAUGUGAUUUCCAAGUCAUUACAUGCUAAUAGGGAUUCACGUGCCAAUCACCUGGCAGCAGAAAUUAGGCUGCAAGAAGAUCAAGUUGAAGCUCAAACACUAAAUUCUCACAAUGAUUGUGAUAAAGCUAUAGAAUGCCAGGCAAAGGCAUCCAACGAAUGUGGUGGUGGGCAACUGAAGUCUAUAUUGAAAAGGAAACAGUAUAAUUCAGAUUUCAAGUCAUGCAAACGUGUCAGGUUUGAACCUGGUUGUGGAACUGUACAUAAAGAAGAAGCAUCGGUAGAAAUUCAAGACAUUUCCAUCAACACCUCUUCAGCAAAUGAUUUGGUUUCAGAAGAUCGAUCCUUCACUGUUCAGAAUGCUCCUGGAGUUCCAGAUUAUUUAAGGAAUCCUUCAAAGUAUACCCGUUACAGUUUUGAUCCAUCCACUGAAGUUGAUGAAAAAUCCAAUACUCGAGCUUAUAUGGACUUUAGUAAGCUGGUCAAACAUUCUAAAUCCACAGAAUCAGAGCUGGAGGAAGCUUCAUCUGAUCUUCCAAAAUCGGUGACCUUUAUCCCAAAGAAAAAGGCAGAUGAAAUAAAAGCUGUAACUAGUGACAGCAUGGUUAAGCAGGAUAAGGGACAUCAUAACGAUCACCAUGCGUAUGCCCCAAACUUCCCUAUUAGCAUUGCAGCUGGGGAAUCCCAAGAGUCUGAAGCUGGUGCUGUGGCGGAAAAUGAACCAGAAAGAAAUAUCGUAGACAGAAAUAAUAGUUCCCAUAAACCUGCUCGCAGGUAUCGAACAAAGUCAAGCUCGGAUGACUUUGAUCCUUGAUAUAUUUUGAGGUUUCUGCAGUCCUACUUACUAGAUUUCACGAAAGAAAUCUCAUUGCACUUUCUUAUUACCGACCUUAUGCCUCCAUAGAACCCUGUUUCCAGCAAGUUUUGGGCUGGCUUUUUUUCUACUACUAUGCAGGUUAUCAUGAAAAUUUGGUUCAUACUGUAAAAGAAGGGGAUAGUUAAGUAUUUGCGUUUCCCCUUGAAUGAACUCCCAAAUUAUUAUUGUACAGGAGCGGAUCUCUUCGCUUGAUUUAUGUUGUUCUGUUGGAAUGAAGCUCCUGCAUCAGCAGAUUGCAGGUGUCGUCUGCCAAGCUUGUUUUUAUCCGUUGUUUUUAUUUCUUGAUGAUCUGUAAAAUCUCUGCAAUCCGACAUGUUAGAUUUCUGCAUAGAAAUCUCAUUUUGUUUUCCAUAGUGACUUCAUGCAAUUCUCCUUAGUUUUGUUUCA